AUGCCUCAGUUACUGCGAAACAUUAAUGGGAUCAUCGAAGCCUUUGGGCGAUACUCCAGGAUGGAGGGCAACCGCCAAGUGCUCACCCGGGGGGAGCUGAAAAGGCUCUUGGAGCAUGAGUUUGCUGAUGUCAUUGUGAAACCCCAUGAUCCUGCCACUGUGGAUGAAGUCCUGUGCCUGCUAGAUGAAGAUGACACAGGGACUGUGGAGUUCAAGGAAUUCCUGGUCCUGGUGUUUAAAGUCGCCCAAGCCUGUUUCAAGACACUGAGCGAGAGUCCUGAGGGGGCUUGUGGAUCUCAAGAGUCUGGAAUUUGCCCUGCUGGGGACUCACAAGAGCUGGGGGAAGGACAGAACAGUAGAACUAAGGUGGAGCUGGCUAGGGAAGGACAGCAUUGUGAGGAGAGCCAACAUAGACAGAGCACACAAGCCUCCAGAGGACAGGUAGGGGCCAGGGCUCAGACCCGUGGUCAGGAUAUUGGCCAGGAUAGACAGUCUGAGUCUCAGAGACAAGAGAGAGAGAGUUUGCAGACACAAGCUGGGGAAUGUACACAGCAGACCCAGAGAGUGGGAGAAGACAAGAGCCACCAGACCAGGGAGAGGGAGUCAGAGAGACAGUCGCAGGCCAGGGAACAGGAUAGAGCCAACCAGACAAGUGAAACAGUGACUGGAACUGGAACUCAGACCCAGACAGAUACCACCCAGACUGUGGAGGAAGACAGGAGCAGUCAGAUAGGAAGCCCUGGUACCCAGCCACAGGAGUCCACCCAUGGCCAGACCAGAGGGACUGAGGUCCAGGGUCAAGAUAGGAGUCAGACAAGCCAGAUAGUGGCAGGAGAACAUGUUCAGACACCAGGAGGAGAACAUGUUCAGACACCAGGAGGUGUCACCCAGACCAUGGAGCAGGACAGGAGUGGUCAGAUAGGAAGCCCUGGCACCCAGCCACAGGAGUCCACCCAUGGCCAGACCAGAGGAACUGAGGUCCAGGGUCAAGAUAGGAGCCAGACAAGCCAAGUGGUGACAGGAGGGCACAUUCAAACACAGGCAGGAUCACAAACCCAGACACACACCCGGACCACGGAGCAGGGCAAGAGCCAGUCUGCAAGCCACGCAGGGGAUAGAGAUGAGGGACAGAUUCAAAGGCAGUCAGGCAGUGGUCAAAGAUGGACACAAGCGAGCCACUAUGAAGCAGGAGAGGCAGAGAUGGGAGGACAGGCCCAGGCUGGGGCAAGCACUCUGACAGGGAGACAGGACUGGAGCAGCACUCAACCAAGGUGUAGUGUGACAGGCGGGCAGGGAGAGAGCGAAUCCACUGUGGUUACCCAAGAGUGGGUGGAUGACCACACAAGGGAUACAGCAAUCCCAAGGCAGGACCAGGGUAGCCUGCAUUCUGGCAUGCUUCCAGCCCAGGGCCCAGACACAGUCCAGCCAGAAGGAAAGUGA